UAAAAAAUUGAAAAAAAAAAAAAAGUUGUUUUCUGUCGCAGUAGCCCGCGUAUUCCAUCACUCCAAGAGGCGAGGCUUCCCGGUAAUUGUGACAGAAAUCGCGAAUCAAAUCAGCCAUUGAAGCAACGAUGCAAGGAGGAUCAUCGGGCAUCGGAUAUGGUCUCAAAUACCAGGCUAGAUGUAUAUCCGACGUAAGAGCCGACACAGAUCACACCAGUUUUCUCACCGGCACUCUCAGUCUCAAAGAAGAAAACGAGGUGCAUUUGAUUCGGCUUUCUUCUGGUGGAACCGAGCUCGUCUGCGAGGGCUUGUUUUCACACCCGAACGAGAUCUGGGAUCUCGCUUCCUGUCCCUUCGACCAGCGAAUCUUCUCCACCGUCUACUCUACUGGUGAAUCGUAUGGAGCAGCAAUAUGGCAGAUACCUGAGUUAUAUGGAGAGUUAAAUUCUCCUCAGUUGGAAAAGAUUACUUCCCUUGGCGCACAUGUCGGUAAGAUUAAGUGCAUUCUUUGGUGGCCGUGUGGAAGGCAUGAUAAGCUGAUUAGCAUUGAUGAGGAAAAUCUUUUCUUGUGGAGUUUAGAUAUGCCAAAAAAAGCUAUUCAGGUACAAUUACAAGAAUCGGCUGGUUUACACAACUUAUCCGGAGGAGCCUGGGAUCCACAUGAUGUGAAUGCACUUGCGGCCACUAGUGAAUCUUCCAUCCAGUUUUGGGACUUGCGGACCAUGAUGAAAACAAAUUUGAUCGAGCGCUCUCAUGUUCGCAAUGUCGAUUACAACCCCAAGAAGCCUCAUGUAAUUGUCACUGCAGAAGAUGAAUCAGGUAUAUGCAUAUGGGAUAUCAGGAAAUCCAAGGCUCCAGUUCAGGAGCUUCCUGGACACACACAUUGGACGUGGGCUGUCAGGUGUAAUCCUGAACAUGAAGGGCUGAUUUUGAGUUCUGGUACAGACUCAACCGUCAACUUGUGGUUGGCUUCUCCAUUCAGCAGGGAUGAGUUGACAUCAGAAACACUUGUGGAUUCCCCAACUCGGCAGCCUGAUCCAUUACUUAAUUCCUACAGUGACUAUGAAGACAGUGUUUAUGGCCUUGCUUGGAGUUCUCGUGAGCCUUGGAUCUUUGCAUCAUUAUCCUACGAUGGAAGGGUAGUUGUGGAAUCGGUGAAGCCUUUUCUAUUCAGAAAAUGAAUCUUCAGGACAAAUGGACGCGUUUGGUCUAAUUGGUAGCCAUUUUCCCCCCUUAUACAUGCACGAUCCUUGUAGUUGGUUAAGAGAGGAAAAGUACUAUUCUUGAGGAUCAGAUCUUUAUGUCUGGUCUUGUUCAGUCUAGAGUGAUUAUGUUCCUGAAACGUUUCAGGCUGCACACCCCUUUCCGUUUUUCCGUGUAUAGUGUGCAGUUGAACAGUGAUGUGUAGACGUCCAAUAAAGGCACGGAAUGUUUUCAGGACGAUUUGCACUGGUGUAUUUAGAUCCUCUUUUUCAGCAAUUUCUUACUUUUAUGGCGAGGCUUUGAACUUGAAAUAGGCUGGUUUCAUGUUAAAGAAUCACCACUUUUAAGUCUCAAUGUGUUGUUUACAUUCUAAUUUAUAAGCUUCAUUACUGAAAUCGAGGUGAUUUGCUGUGUCAAUUGCCUAUGAGAAUUAUAAAUUCUGAACGAUUUGUGAUUCUUCAUAUCGUUCCAUGUGUGUUCCACUUGUAAGUUAGUUUUUGAACAA